GACCGUGAGGUCUCAGAGCCUUUCUGGUUUUGGGUUGGUAGUGUGUGGUUCCCAGUGGAAAACGUGAGUUAUCCCUGGCUGUGGCUGGCUGUGACGGACGUGUCUUUGGAGUCACGGGCCACGAUCCCCAGAGGGACAGAGGUCCCUCGUCUGGGGGGGUGAAAACACCCCCAUCGGUGCUGCCAACCCGUCUGGUUCUGCCGGCAAUUUUCUUGUUUUUCUUAGGCUGAACUCGCUGUCUGUCUUUAGUUUUUGCCUCUGAAUUUGUGUUAAACGCUUUACUGUGUGUCUGUGACUGCAUCUCGUUGUGUUUUGUUUGUAUCGUCUUGUCUCUGUUUUCGUUCAAGUAACUCUCAGUAUGGGACAAAGCCAUUCCACACCUCUGUCCCUGACCCUAGAUCAUUGGACGGAUGUCCAUUCAAGGGCCCGGAAUCUCUCUUUUUCAGUGAAUCGCAGGACCUGGCGGACACUCUGCGCCUCAGAAUGGCCCACCCUCGGAGUUGAGUGGCCUCCAGAAGGGUCCUUCCAUCUCCCUUUAAUCUGUAAAGUCAGAGAUUCUGUCUUUCAGCCGGGGCCACGUGGCCAUCCAGAUCAACAGCCAUAUAUUUUAACCUGGCAAGACCUCUGCGAGUUUCCUCCUAUGUGGAUCAAACCUUUUCUUAUUCCCGCAUCUGUUCCAGUAUCUUCCCCUUCCAUCCUAUCCCUCAAAUCUCCUGCUCUUCCCCCUCGUCCCUUCGUUCUCCCUGAGUCGCAGGAUUUAACUUUACUGGACUCCACCCCCCCUCCUUAUCCUUUACCCAUCCCGCCCGGGGACUUUCCAGCACCAGCGCCAGCGGCAGCAGCGGCAGCAGCGGCGGCAGCGGCAGCCCCUCCCCCACUGGAGGAGGCUGGGCCAGCUAAAGGAACCCGCAGGCGGAGAAUAAUGGAACACUUGGAAGCGCCGGUGAUGCUUCCUCUUCGUCCCUAUGGGCCCACAAUAGAUGAUGGGCACGGGGGAGAGAUGCAAGCUUACCAAUAUUGGCCUUUCUCUUCCUCAGAUCUUUAUAACUGGAAAAAUAACAAUCCCCCUUUUUCUGAGGACCCCACCCGGCUUACAGGUCUAGUUGAGUCGCUGAUGUUCUCACACCAGCCCACUUGGGAUGACUGCCAGCAGCUUUUGGGGACUCUCUUCACAACAGAGGAACGAGAGAGAAUCCUCAUGGAAGCCAGAAAGAAUAUUCUUGGACCAGAUGGGAGACCAACCCAACUUCCUAACAUCAUCGAAGCUGGCUUCCCCUUAAACCGACCCAAUUGGGACCCUAACACCUUUGAAGGUAGGGAGCAUCUGUCCACCUAUCGCCGGGCUCUUGUAGCGGGUCUCCGAGCGGCUGCUAGGCGGCCAACUAAUUUGGCCAAGGUAAGAGAGAUAAUUCAGGGACCCAAUGAAUCCCCCUCCAUGUUUCUGGAAAGGAUUAUGGAAGCAUAUAGAAGAUAUACUCCCUUUGAUCCUCAGGCAGAGGACCAAAAGGCAUCUGUUGCCAUGGCUUUUAUUGGGCAGGCUGCCCUGGAUAUUAAGAGAAAGUUACAACGUUUAGAUGGACUACAAGAGAUGACCUUAAGAGAUUUAGUCAGAGAGGCUGAGAAAGUAUAUUAUAAGAGAGAAACUGAGGAAGAAAAGGAACAGAGGAGGGAGAAGGAAAGGGAACACAGGGAGGAUGAGAGAAACAUAAGGCAGACUAAAACAUUGGCUAAGGUCCUGGUCACAGCCACAGAUAGGCCAGAAGUUGGAAGGCAGGGAGACAGAAAGGGAUACCUGGGCCCACGCCAAAGGCCGCCCCUGGCCUCAGAUCAAUGUGCCUACUGUAAAGAAAAAGGACACUGGGCCAAAGAGUGCCCCAAAAAGAAGCAGUCACGCCGGCCUGCCAUGCUGACUCUAGAAGAUGACUAGGAAAGUCGGGGCUCGGAUCCCCUCCCCGAGCUCAGGGUAACUUUUGAAGUGGAGGGGACCCCAGUGAACUUCGAGGUAGAUACAGGAGCAGUAUAUUCAGCCCUCAAGGCCCCACUGGGCCCUCUAUCUAAUAAAAGGUCCUUAGUUCAAGGGGCUAAUGGCAGUAAAUAUCGGGCUUGGACAACAAAGAGGACUAUGGACCUAGGAAGGGGAAAAGUCCACCACUCUUUCCUAGUGAUCCCAGAAUGCCCGGCCCCAUUGAUGGGCAGGGACCUACUCACCAAGCUUCGGGCUAAAAUAACUUUUGACCCUGAUGGCCCCCAAGUGGAGUUUCUAAACCCUGCAGUGAAGGCCCCUAUAGCCACGGCUCUGACUAUGUCAGUAGAAGAUGAAUACCAACUCUUCACAGCCUCUGGGACUGAUCAAACAGGUAGACUACCCCAGAGAUGGAUAAAGGAUUAUCCUGACGCCUGGGCAGAAACUGCUGGGUUAGGUCUGGCGGUAAAACAACCUCCAAUAGUAAUAGAAUUAAAAGCCUCUGCCUCUCCAAUCAGUGUUAAGCAAUAUCCUCUGAGCAAAGAAGCUAGGGAUGGGAUAAGACCCCAUAUUCAGAAAUAUCUGGCUCUGGGGGUCCUAAGGCCCUGCCAAUCGGCCUGGAAUACCCCCCUGUUACCAGUAAGGAAGCCAGGAACUGGGGACUACCGCCCUGUUCAAGACCUGAGAGAGAUCAACAACAGAGUACAGGAUAUUCACCCCACAGUCCCUAAUCCAUACAAUUUGCUUAGCACCCUGAAUCCGGAGCGGAUAUGGUACACUGUGCUGGACUUAAAAGAUGCUUUCUUCUGUUUGCCCCUGCAUAAGGACAGUCAGUUGCUGUUUGCUUUUGAAUGGAUAGAUCCAGAGAUAGGAACAUCUGGCCAACUAACCUGGACUAGACUCCCACAGGGGUUCAAAAACUCUCCCACUCUCUUUGAUGAAGCUCUCCACAGGGACCUCAACGACUUCAGAACUGCACACCCCGAAGUCACCCUACUCCAAUACGUGGAUGACUUGCUGCUGGCAGCCAACACCAAGGAGAACUGUGAGUCUGGGACCCGAGCGCUAUUAUCCGAGCUCGCUCAGCUCGGAUAUAGGGCUUCUGCCAAAAAGGCCCAAAUUUGUCAACAAGAAGUAAUCUUCCUGGGUUAUUCUCUUAGGGGCGGCAAACGAUGGCUUACUGAGCCUAGAAAGCGAACCGUUGUGCAGAUACCGCCCCCAUCUGAUAAGAGACAGCUCAGAGAGUUUCUUGGGACUGCCGGCUUUUGUAGGUUAUGGAUUCCUGGGUUUGCGUCUUUGGCAGCCCCUCUAUACCCAUUGAUAAAGGGGGAUGCCCAAUUCCAAUGGACCCCUGAGCACCAACAGGCUUUUGAUAAUAUCAAAAAGGCUCUGUUAUCUGCCCCGGCCUUGGCACUCCCAGAUGUAGAAAAACCCUUCACUCUCUACAUCGAAGAAAAGAAAGGAAUAGCACGGGGAGUGCUCACUCAGACUUUGGGACCUUGGAAAAGGCCGGUGGCAUACUUAUCAAAGAAACUGGACCCAGUGGCUAGCGGGUGGCCCCAUUGUCUAAGGGCUAUAGCAGUGGCAGCCCUUCUAAUAAAGGAUGCUGAUAAAUUAACGUUGGGACAAAAGCUAACCAUCAUAGCCCCCCAUGCCCUGGAAAGCAUCAUCCGUCAGCCUCCAGACAGGUGGUUGUCAAACUCCAGAAUAACUCAUUACCACAGCCUCCUGCUUGACAAAGACAGAAUAACGCUGGGACCUCCUGCUCCACUUAACCCAGCUACACUGCUGCCAGAAGAAUCAUCAGGACCUGUCGCUCAUGAUUGUCAGCACAUACUGGCAGAAGAGACCAGUGUGCGCCGAGACCUAAAGGAUCAGCCAUUGCCCCGCCCUGAGGUCGUAUGGUUUACGGACGGGAGCAGCUUCCUCCAGGAAGGUAAGCGGCGGGCUGGAGCAGCAGUAGUUAGCAAAACUAAUGUUAUCUGGUCCUCUAGCCUCCCAGAAGGAACAUCAGCUCAAAAAGCAGAACUAAUUGCCCUUACGAAAGCGCUGGAGCUAGCAUCGGGCAAAAGAGCCACCAUAUACACUGAUAGCCGCUAUGCUUUCGCCACUGCUCACGUGCACGGGGCUAUUUAUCAGCAAAGGGGGCUACUAACCUCCGCCGGGAAGGAAAUAAAGAACAAAGAUGAGAUCCUCCACCUUCUCUCGGCAGUAAAAGGCCCUAAAGAACUGGCUAUAGUGCACUGCCAGGGGCACCAGAAGGGGAAUGACCCUGUGGCAGUUGGAAACAGACGAGCAGAUGAGGAAGCCAAGUUGGCAGCCCUAAAAGGAGUGACCCUGUUAACUGUUUCCACGUCGGGGGAACAGCAACCGGGAAACCUGGCUGCACAGGAACAUUCAGGCAACUUAUGGCCUGGGGACACAGACACUGAACUCUGGGAUCCCACAGAGCCGAGUUCACCAUUUCAAAAAGCUCAACUCUACGUCAAAGAUGUACACCAGCUCACCCAUUUAGGCUCAAAGAAGUUACAGGCACUCUUGAAGGACAAAAGAAAGGACUUAUCGUUGACUGACUCGCAGAGGAAAGAAAUAGCUGAGCAGGUGACUAAAGCUUGUCAAGUCUGCCAGUUAGUUAAUGCAUACCCAUCCAAGCUUCCAAUAGGAAAGCGUUUGCGAGGGACCAGACCUGGACAGUUCUGGGAAGUGGACUUUACUGAGAUCAAGCCAGCAAGGUAUGGACUUAAGUAUCUCCUAGUCUUUGUAGAUACUUUUUCAGGAUGGGUAGAAGCCUUCCCUACGAAGAAAGAAACGGCUCAGAUGGUGGUCAAAAAGAUUCUGGAAGACAUCUUUCCAAGAUUUGGACUGCCUAAGGUAAUAGGGUCCGAUAACGGACCGGCGUUUGUGGCCCAGGUAAGUCAGGGAUUGGCCAGGACCCUGGGGAUUAAUUGGAAGUUACAUUGUGCCUAUAGACCCCAGAGUUCAGGACAGGUAGAAAGGAUGAAUAGAACAAUCAAAGAGACCUUAACAAAAUUAAGCUUAGAGACCGGCAUAAAAGAUUGGACCAUGCUCCUACCUUAUGCCCUGUUCCGUGCAAGAAAUACCCCCUCUGUCUCUUUGUGCAACCUCACUCCCUAUGAAAUUCUUUAUGGUGCCCCUCCUCCAAUCAGGGACCUGACACCAACCCUGAGACCUAAUGAUUCCUUUCACACCCCCUUGCUUAACAGACUUAAAGCCCUUGAACACACCCAACGAUACCUGUGGAAACGGCUGGCCACUGCUUAUCAGCCCGGAGACAAGGAAAUCCCACACCGACAUCAAGUGGGAGACUUCGUCUACGUGAGACGACAUCAGGUGUCAUCCUUGGAACCCCGCUGGAAAGGGCCAUACCAGGUGCUGCUCAUAACACCUACAGCGGUAAAAGUAGAUGGGAUCGCUUCCUGGAUCCAUGCUUCCCAUCUCAAGCCUGCGCCCUGUCCGGACUCCGGCUGGAAACUGGAACAGACUGGUAACCCUCUCAAGCUGCGUGUCCGUCGUGUGGCUCCCUUAUGGACUUGGUGGCCAUCUCUUCAUCCGGACAUUUGUCAACUGGCCAUAGGCCUCUCUGACUGGGACCUCCCUGACAUAGAGGACCCCACGAAGAUCCCGUUUGACCCCAAACCAGGGCAACAUUCCCCACACCAUAUGUAUUAUGGAUGUCAUCGCCCACAUCAUAGGUGUAGACUAGCCAGUCUUGAUUAUUAUGUGUGCCCAGCUGAUUUCCGAAGUCGCAAACAGGCCCGAACCUGUGGAGGGCCCAGUGACUUUUAUUGCAAAUCUUGGGGUUGUGAACAAACAGGAGCUGCAUGGUGGAAACCAAACUCCCCAGACAGCAUGAUUCAGGUAGGGCGAAAUGACACCUGGAUACACCCUAGGGACUGUUUACCUAGCCGAGUGUCGAACACUCACUGUGGAAAAACUAGUCUGUGUAACCCCCUUAACAUAACUUUUACCUCAAAAGCAAGGGGCUACCUCAGGACGACAUGGCUUACGGGAAAUACCUGGGGAAUGCGAUUCUAUGUCUAUGGCCCCACCUAUGACUUUGGUCUCUGGUUCACCAUCAGACUUAAGCAGGAAGAGAAUCCCAUAGCAAUAGGGCCCAAUCCCCUUAAGCCAGGAAUUAAGCCUCCCAAACCCCCUUUGCUUAGAACUACUGGAACCCCUUUACUAUCCUAUUCCUCCCGGUAUCCGUCUUUGCCAACUUCCCCAGUACAGAGUACAGCUGACUCCUCCCCCUGGGAAUUAAUUAAAGGAACCUUCUCGGUGCUGAACUCCACACAGCCAGACCUCACCCAAUCCUGCUGGCUAUGCCUCUCUGCCGCACCCCCUUACUAUGAAGGAAUAGCAGUUAAUGGGACUUACGCUGUGAAGACACAGAGUUCCACUUGCAGUUGGGGUAAAAAUCCAAAGUUAACUCUCCCAGAAGUAACUGGGGCAGGUUUAUGUAUAGGGUCCCCCCCCCAAAGUAAACAGCAUAUAUGUACCCAGAGAGGAAAAAUUAAUGUCACGCAGGGUUUUCUAGUCCCCGAGAAAGGAACCUGGUGGGCGUGUGACUCAGGAUUAACUCCUUGCAUUUCAGUCCAGGUGUUUGACAGCUCAGUAAACUAUUGUGUAAUGGUGCAAGUACUCCCCAGGGUGCUUUUUCAUGAUGCAGAAUCAUUUGAAGGCUUAGUAGGGGGACAAAUAACACAUUUCCGUCGGGAACCAGUGUCCCUCACACUGGUCCUACUGUUGGGGAUAGGAGCUGUUGCAGGAGUUAGUACAGGAACCGCUGCCAUGAUCCGGGGGUCACAACAAAUGGCCCAGUUAGAAACAGCAAUAGAUCAGGACUUGAAGACAUUAGAGACUUCUAUCACAGCAUUGCAGGAGUCUUUAACCUCACUCUCUGAAGUUGUAUUGCAGAAUAGGCGAGGGUUAGAUCUUCUUUUUAUGAGGGAAGGAGGCCUCUGUGUAGCCCUAAGGGAAGAAUGUUGUUUUUAUGCCGACCAUACUGGAGUUGUAAAAGAAUCCAUGAGUAAACUAAGAAAACGCCUUGAAGAGCGCCAGAAAGAGAGAAAAACUCAACAAGGGUGGUUUGAGUCUUGGUUUGCCCAGUCCCCCUGGUUAACUACACUCCUAUCAGCUCUAGCUGGACCCUUGAUCAUUCUUAUAUUGUUACUAACUGUGGGUCCCUGUUUGCUUAACCGUAUAGUUUCUUUUCUCCAGGCUCAGAUUGGGCAGGUGAAACUCAUGCUUUUGGGGAAACAAGAACUUGUCACCAGUAAACAGCAGUAA